UUGACCUACUGCUGCGCUUCAUUUCAUUGUAUGGGUGAAAUGGAGAGCACCACAUUGGUCUCGCAUAUUGUCCCCACUUUUACGUGGUCUGAUAAUCGUCCAUGGAUGUGGGGACAUAAAUGUGAUAGUUUAUCAGCUCUUAUGAAAUAGCCGUGCAAAACUUCCACUGAAAUCUUUUUUGGUGAUUUUUGAUGUGCGGACGCGCAACCUGCAAACAUAUUAUAUAUCAAUUUUGAACAAGCUAAAGGAGAUUUUCAUUAGAUAUAUUAUAAACUAUCACGAAUUGGUGGAGCCUCGCAAUUGAGGAACAAAUUAUUAGCAAUCUCUUUUCGCAUGCAAGAGGGUGACGUAUCAACCGAAUAGUUGGCGAACCUUCUAUCCUGCUCUUGUACGUUUCCAAUUGUGUAUUUUCCAGUGCUAAUGGACUUGAGGAUUUUACUUCUCUACCCCUCCCUUUUGUAUCUUAACUGAUUUUAGCUACUGGAAACAUGCAAUGAUAUAAAGGUAAUUUCAAAUUUUGUUUGGAAAUUUAGUUGACCUUCUGCCUGAAAUACAAGUAAAGCAGUUUCAUUCGGAUCUUACUUGUCUCGCUCGGUAGGAAAUAUUAAAGCUUGGAAAGGACACUUGGAGCUACGUAAAUGGUCUGCCUUGAUUUGAGAUUUACUCUAAUGUCUAACUGCUACUGCAACUACUACCGAUCCUUGCUCCUUAUUCCCUUCACUAUAUUUAACUACUACUACAUAAUAAAUUGAUGAGUGGGGAGUUAAUUUAGACAUUUAGUUAGUCCUCUCUACUCGGGCAUUGUUGAUAAUACUGCUCAAGGGAUGCAAGGUUCUAGUCUUAAAAAGAUGCUGAAGACAAUGCCAUCUAAAGCUUCGAUUACCAGAAUCAAUUUGGUCUUCCUUGUUGUAUUUCUGGUUGUUUAUGCCACUGUUCUUCCCCAUCCAUCUUCUGACUAUUUGCAGGAUGCAGGAUCCAUAGUGAGGUGCUCUUUGGGCGAAUGUCAUCACAGGGUAAGACACGAAAACUUCAAAAUGAAAGCGGCAUUGGAUGAACCUCAAGCAAACCCACAGAGGCAAAAGAAUAAGAGUGCAAAGAAGAUAGAAGUACCAAGCUUUUUUAGCAAGUUAGGGGAAAGAAUGAAGAUUGGAAUGGUAAACAUGAAAGAAAACGAUGUAAGUAACUGGAGCACGCAUGGGGAAAGGACAAGCGUUUAUUUUGAGAGGGUAUCGCAGUUUUUGAACUGGACGGACUUGUUUCCCGAAUGGAUAGACGAGGAGGAAGAGAAUGAUGUGCCAUCAUGUCCAGAGAUACCUAUGCCGGAGUAUGCAGAAUACGGAAGCAUGGACGUGAUCGUGGCUAAGCUGCCAUGCAGGUAUCCCGAAGAAGGGUGGAAGAGGGACGUUUUCCGGUUGCAAGUUCAUCUUAUAGUUGCGAAUCUAGCCGUGAAGAAGGGGAAGAAGGAUUGGAGAGGGAAGACAAGAGUAGUUUUUUGGAGCAAGUGUAGACCAAUGCUGGAGCUGUUUCCAUGCGACAACUUGGUUAAGGGUGAAGGUGAAUGGUGGUAUUAUGAACCUGAGGUGAAGAGGUUAGAACACAAGGUUUCAUUGCCCAUUGGGUCCUGCAAGUUGGCCUUGCCUCUCUGGGAACAAGUUGUCGACGAGGUGUACGAAUUAUCCAAGAUUGAGAAAAGCGUUGAAAGCAGAAGGAGAAUAAAACGCGAAGCGUACGCAACAGUGCUGCAUUCUUCGGAAGCGUACGUUUGCGGCGCAAUAACACUAGCGCAAAGCCUGCUCCAAACAGGUACCAAACGCGACCUUAUCCUCCUGAUAGACAAGUUCAUCUCGGUUCGUAAACGCGAGGCCCUAUCCGAAGCGGGUUGGAAGAUCCGAAUCAUCACCCGGAUCCGAAACCCGAAGGCCGAGAAAGGAAGCUACAACGAAUACAACUACAGCAAGUUCAGGCUAUGGCAGCUCACGGACUACGACAAAGUAAUCUUCAUCGACUCCGACAUCAUCGUACUCCGAAACCUCGACAUCCUCUUCCACUUCCCGCAGAUAACGGCCACGGGGAACGACCAAUCGAUAUUCAACUCGGGAAUAAUGGUGAUCGAACCUUCCAAGUGCACGUUCCGUACAUUGAUGCGGCACCGGGACGACGUCGUUUCGUACAACGGAGGGGACCAGGGGUUUCUGAACGAGGUGUUCGUGUGGUGGCACAGGCUGCCGCGGAGGGUGAACUUUCUGAAGAACUUCUGGGCGAACACGACGGUGGAGGCGAGGGCGAAGAACGCGUUGUUCGCGGCGGAGCCGGCGGAGGUCUACGCGAUUCACUACCUGGGAUGGAAGCCGUGGCACUGCUACAGGGACUAUGACUGCAACUGGGACACCCCGGAGCAGAGGGUGUACGCCAGUGACGUGGCGCAUCGGAGGUGGUGGAAGGUUCACGACGCGAUGGAGGAGGGGUUGCAGAGGUUGUGUAGGUUGACGAAACGGCGUCGGAGUGAGUUGAACUGGGAGAGGAGGAAGGCCAGCAAGAUGAGGUUACCCGAUGGACAUUGGAAAAUCAAUAUCACUGAUCCCAGACGAUUUGCCUCUCUCUUUAUGGAUUAGACAAUCAUCUUAUGUUUUACCUUCUCCACCCUCCUCUGUCAAUAUUUCUUUUUCUGUUAAAUAUAAUAAUAAUUAAUUAAUAUUAUUAUUUCUAAAAUACACUUCA